GGUAGCACCUCGAUCCGGAAGUUCUUCCGGGAGUUUCUCCUUUUUUCCCCACGUGGUGGUGGUGGUGGGGGGUCUUCGGAAGGCGAGUGGACCCCCCCCCCCCCCCCCCGGGGGAAGGGGAGGGGGGGGGUUGAGCGCAGGAACCCGGACGACGAUGGGCGAGAAACCAAGCAGGACCUUCGGGGGGUUCCACGAAAUUACGAUCCGGCAUUACAUCCAUUUGAAAUUCCACGGGAAUAUACAAGGGCGCUAAAUGCAACUAAAUUAGAUCGUAUAUUUGCGAAACCUUUUCUUGCAUCGUUAGAUGGCCAUAGGGAUGGAGUUAAUUGCAUGGCUAAACAUCCAGAGAGCUUGUCUACAGUUCUGUCUGGAGCAUGUGAUGGAGAGGUGAGAAUCUGGAACUUGAUGAAGCGUGUAUGCAUCCGUACAUUGCAAGCACAUGAAGGCUUUGUAAGAGGAAUGUGUACCCGUUUUUGUGGCACCUCUUUCUUCACUGUGGGUGAUGAUAAAACAGUAAAACACUGGAAAAUGGAAGCACCAGCUGAUGGGGAAGCAGAAGAACCAAUAAAUACCAUUCUUGGAAAGACAGUGUACACUGGAAUUGAUCAUCAUUGGAAGAAACCUAUAUUUGCUACUUGUGGUCAUCAGGUUGAUAUAUGGGAUGAGCAGAGAACAAGUCCUAUAUGCUCUUUGACUUGGGGAGUCGAUAGCAUAAACAGUGUUAAAUUCAAUCCAAUUGAGAUGAAUCUUUUGGGAAGCUGUACUUCAGACAGAAAUAUUGUGCUGUAUGAUAUGAGACAAUCAACUGCCCUAAAGAAGGUUAUUUUGGAUAUGAGAACAAAUACACUUUGCUGGAAUCCUAUGGAAGCUUUCAUUUUCACUGCAGCAAAUGAGGAUUACAACUUAUAUACUUUUGAUAUGCGGUUCCUUGGCAAGGCUUUAAUGGUUCAUAUGAACCAUGUGUCUGCAGUUCUGGAUGUGGAUUACUCCCCUACAGGAAAAGAAUUUGUGUCUGCCAGCUUUGAUAAAUCUAUUCGCAUUUUUCCUGUAGAUAAAGGUCAUAGCAGGGAGGUUUAUCAUACAAAGAGAAUGCAACAUGUCAUCACUGUCAAAUGGACAUCAGACAAUAAAUACAUUUUGUGUGGCUCUGAUGAAAUGAACAUUCGUUUGUGGAAAGCAAAUGCUUCUGAAAAGCUGGGUGUGCUUACUCCUCGAGAGAGAGCUGCUAUUAACUAUAAUCAGAAACUGAAAGAAAAAUUCCAGCAUCAUCCCCAGAUCAAACGUAUAAAUCGCCAUCGUCACUUACCGAAGAUGAUCUAUAGUCAAGCCAAAGAGCUACGCAUCAUGAAAGAAGCUCGUCGGCGAAAGGAACUGAACCGUCGCAAACAUAGCAAGCCUGGAUCUAUACCACUUGUGUCAGAAAAGCAGAAACACAUUAUGGCUGUAGUAAAAUAAUAAUAUAUAAAAUUACUAGGGUACUAAAUUCCUAUGGACAUGAUUUAUAUAUGAUAUAUAUAUAUUUGUUUGUUGAUAUUAUGAAAAUAAUAAAUUGUGACUUUAGUUGCUAUAGUGUGGCUAAUUGUGGUAUCUUUAUAGUAUUUACAAGCUGCAUCGCUUGUAAAGAACGAGAGUGAAAGUAUCUAAAAAAGUAUAUGCAAAUUCUGCAUACUAGCAACUAGAAGAGACAGAACUAAUGUCAGCUUUGGAAAGCUGCAAUAAGUUUUCCAAAAUGCUAAAUUGUAGCAUCUUAAAAGAAUGUGAACAAAAGUAUUUUUAGAUUGGCAAACUUGCUUCCAAAAUAUUUGGGCACCAUUUAAUUAAAAAAAAACAACCCUGUGUGAAGCCCCUUUCUAUUGUAAGCUAUGUAUCCUGAUUCAACCUAUCAAAUAAGGUACAGGUAAUCCUCAACUUAUAACCACAACUGAGCCCAAAAUUUUUGUUGAUAAGCAAGACAUUUUUAAAGUGAAUUUUGCCACAUUUCAUAACCUUUCUUGCCCCAGU